AUGAUAUAUACUAAAGAAGAAAAUAUACAUGAUAAAGAAGGUAUGAAUUAUUCUAGUUGGCAAAAUAGUAAAGAUGAUAUUCAUCAACAACAUCAUCAACAACCACAGCAACAACAACAGCAUCAAAAUCAACAACGGAACCAACAUGUACAGAAUCUAGCUUUCAGAGCGGGACAACAACAACAACAACAAACAGUAAAUGAUAAAUCCUCAAUAUUAGAUACAAAUUCACCAAUAGAUGCUUCAAAUACUGAUCCUGCAUUAACUUCAACUAUAUCUUCAUCUACAUCUUCAUCAACAUCAACAAAAUAUAAUCCAAAACCAAUAUCAGUAACAAAAAGAGCAGAACAAAAUCGUAAUGCUCAAAGAGCAUUUAGACAAAGAAGAGAAAAAUAUAUGCAAGAUUUAGAAUUAAAAGUUCAAGAAUUAGAAGAAAUGAAAUUAAAAUAUCAAAAUUUAAGUAAUGAAAAUAUUCAAUUAAAAGAUUAUGUUAUGAUUUUACAAAGAAAAAUUAUUGAAUUAACUCAAGAUAAAGAUAAUGAUCAUCUGCUGCAACAAAAACAACAUCAUGAUACUAUAUCAAAUCCUUUUAUUCCUAAAUAA